AUGGGUGCCUUUGUGUGUGGGUGUCUUUCUCUCUCUGUCUUUUUGUCUCUGUGUCUUUUUGUCACUCUCUCUCUCUCUCUGUCUUUUUAUCUCUCUCUCUGUCUUUUUGUCACUCUCUCUCUCUCUGUCUUUUUGUCACUCUCUCUCUCUGUCUUUUUGUCACUCUCUCUCUCUGUCUUUUCUCUCUCUCUCUCUCUCUCUCUCUCUGUCUUUUUGUCACUCUCUUUCUCUCUGUCUUUUUGUCUCUCUCUCUCUCUCUGUCUUUUGUCACUCUCUCUCUGUCUUUUUGUCACUCUCUCUCUGUCUUUUUGUCACUCUGUCUCUCUAUCCCUCUGUGUCUUUUUGUCACUCUCUCUCUCUGUCUUUUUGUCACUUUCUCUGUGUCUUUUUGUCACUCUCUCUCUAUCCCUCUGUGUCUUUUUGUCACUCUCUCUCUCUCUCUCUCUCUGUCUUUUUGUCACUCUCUCUCUCUCUUUUUGUCACUUUCUGUGUCUUUUUGUCACUCUCUCUCUAUCCCUCUGUGUCUUUUUGUCACUCUCUCUCUCUCUCUGUCUUUUUGUCACUCUCUCUCUCUCUCUUUCUCUCUGUCUUUUUGUCACUCUCUCUCUCUCUGUCUUUUUGUCUCUCUCUCUGUGUCAUUUUGUCACUCUCUCUCUCUCUGUCUUUUUGUCUCUGUGUGUCUUUUUGUCUCUGUGUGUCUUUUUGUCUCUCUCUCUGUCUUUUUGUCUCUCUCUCUCUCUGUCUUUUUGUCUCUCUCUCUCUCUGUCUUUUUGUCUCUCUCUCUCUCUUUUUUUCUCUCUCUCUCUCUGUCUUUUUUUCUCUCUCUCUCUCUGUCUUUUUGUCUCUCUCUCUCUCUGUCUUUUUGUCUCUCUCUGUGUUGCUGCGGUCGUCGGCCAAGCAGAUAUGUUAUACACGCUUUUCAGCUUGAAAGCGUUCCUUUUGUACCACUAUGCCUUAACACGGGACAAAUAUCAAACAGUCCAUUAUAUUGCCAACAUAUCUCCAUCGGCGAAAAAUUUUCUUUUUUUUUUUUUUUUUUUUUUUCGUGUGUCUUUUUAUCCUCUGCUUUCCCUUGUAUUUUCUUUUGUCUUUCAUUUCUCUUUUGACUUUCGCCUCUCUCUCUCUCUCUCUUUUGUCUGUCGCCUAUCUGUCUUUCUCUCUCUUUUGUCUUUUGUCUAUCUGUCUAUCUGUCUCUCUCUCUCUUUUUGUCUUGUCGCCCAUCUGUCUUCUCUCUCUCUCUCUUUUGUCUUUCGCCUAUCUGUCUUUCUCUCUCUCUCUUUUGUCUUUCGCCUAUCUGUCUUUCUCUCUCUCUCUUUUGUCUUUCGCCUAUCUGUCUUUCUCUCUCUCUCUUUUGUCUUUCGCCUAUCUGUCUUUCUCUCUCUUUUGUCUUUCGCCUAUCUGUUUUCUCUCUCUCUCUCUUUUGUCUUUCGCCUAUCUGUCUUUCUCUCUCUCUCUCUCUUUUGUCUUUCGCCUAUCUGUCUUUCUCUCUCUCUCUCUCUCUUUUGUCUUUCGCCUAUCUGUCUUUCUCUCUCUCUCUCUUUGUUUUUUCGCCCAUCUGUCUCUCUCUCUCUUUUGUCUUUCGCCUAUCUGUCUCUCUCUCUCUUUUUGUCUUUUUCGCCCAUCUGUCUUUCUCUCUCUUUUUUUGUUUUCGCCUAUCUGUCUUUUCUCUCUCUUUUUUUGUCUUUCGCCUAUCUGUCUUUCUCUCUCUCUUUUGUCUUUCGCCUAUCUGUCUUUCUCUCUCUCUUUUGUCUUUCGCCUAUCUGUCUUUUCUCUCUCUCUUUGUCUUUCGCUCAUUUGUCUUUCUCUCUCUCUCUUUUGUCUUUCGCCUAUCUGUCUUUCUCUCUCUCUCUUUUGUCUUUCGCCUAUCUGUCUUUCUCUCUCUCUCUUUUGUCUUUCGCCUAUCUGUCUUUCUCUCUCUCUCUUUUGUCUUUCGCCUAUCUGUCUUUCUCUCUCUCUCUUUUGUCUUUCGCCUAUCUGUCUUUCUCUCUUUCUCUUUUGUUCGCCCAUCUGUCUUUCUCUCUCUCUUUUUGUCUUUCGCCCAUCUGUCUUUUCUCUCUCUUUUGUCUUUCGCCCAUGUCUUUUCUCUCUUGUCUUUUGUCUUUCGCCCAUCUGUCUUUUCUUUCUCUCUCUUUUGUCUUUUUCUUUCUCUUUUUUCUUUCUCUCAUUUGUUUUUCUUUCUCUCUAUCUUUUGAAUAUGAUUUAUCUCUCUUUUGUCUUUUGUCUUUCGCCCAUCUGUCUUUCUCUCUUUGUCUUUUGUCCUGUCUUUUGACUCUCUUUGUCUCUUCUUUUUGUUUUUUUCUUUUUUUUCAUCUCUUUUUCUUUUGUCUUUCGCCUAUCUGUUUUUCUCUCUCUUUUUUGUCUUUUCGUCAUUUUUUUCUCUUUCUUUUUGUUUUUUCUUUCAUCUGUUUUUCUCUCUUUUCUUUGUUUUUUUUAUCUGUCUUUUUUUCUGUCUUUUUUAUCUUUCUUUUCUCUCUCUUUUUGUCUUUCGCCCAUUGUUUUUUCUCUUUUGUCUUUCUUCAUCUUCUUUUGUCUUUUUUGUGUUUUCAUCAUCUUUUUUCUCUCUUUUUGUGUUUCGCCCAUUGUCUUUUCUCUCUUUUUUGUUUUUGUGUCUUUUCUUUUUUGUUUUUCAUUUCUUUUUCUUUUUUUGUUUUUUUUGUCUUUUUUUUGUUUUUUCUUUUUGUCUGUCUUUUUCUUUCUUUUGUCUUUCGCCCAUUGUCUUUUUUCUUUCUUUUUGUUUUUUUUCUUUUCUCUUUUUUCUUUUUUUGUUUUUUUUUUCUUUUCUUUGUCUUUUUUGUCUUUUUUUAUUUUUGUUUUCUUUUUUGUCUUUUGUUUUUCUUUUUCUUUUUGCCUGUCUUUUUCGUCUCUUGUUUUCAUUCUUUUUUGUUUUUUUUUUUUUUUUCAUUUUUUGUUUUUUCUUUUUUUUGUCUUUUUUUCUUGUUUUUAUUUGUUUUAUUUUCAUUUUUUUUUUGUGUUUUUUUUUUUCUUUCUUUUUUGUUUUUCUUUUUUUCUUUUUUUUGUGUUUGGUUGUUUCUUUUCUCUUUUUUUGUGUUUGGUUGUUUCUUUUCUCUUUUUUGUGUUUGGUUGUUCCUUUUCUCUUUUUUUGUGUUUGGUUGUUCCUUUUCUCUUUUUUUGUGUUUGGUUGUUUCUUUUCUUUUUUGUGUUGGUUGUUCUUUUUGUUUGUUUUUUUUCUUUUUUUUUUUGUUUGUUUUUUUUCUUUUUUGUGUUUGGUUGUUCCUUUUCUCUUUUUUGUGUUUGGUUGUUCCUUUUGUCUUUUUUGUGUUUGGUUGUUUCUUUUCUCUUUUUUGUGUUUGGUUGUUUCUUUUCUCUUUUUUGUGUUUGGUUGUUUUUUUUGUUUUUUUCUUUGUUUUUUUUUGUUUGGUUGUUUUUUUUUUUUUUUGUUUUUUGUUUGGUUUCUUUUAUUUUUUUUUUUUUUUUUUGGUCCUUUUUUUUCUUUGGUUUCUUUUUUUUUUUUUUUUUUUUUUUUGUUUGGUUUCUUUUUUUUCUUUAUUUUUGUUUGGUUUCUUUUUUUUCUUUAUUUUUGUUUGGUUUUUUUUUUUUCUUUUUUUGUUUUUUUUGUUUGGUUCUUUUUUUUUCUUUUGUUUGUUUUUUUGUUUUUUGUUUGGUUUCUUUUUUUGUUUGGUUUCUUUUUUUAUUGUUUUUUUUUGUUUGGUUUCUUUCUUCUUUUUUUUGUUUUUUUUUUUGGUUUCUUUUUUUUGUUUGGUUUCUUUUUUUUUUGGUUUCUUUUUUUUGUUUAGUUUCUUUUUUUUCUUUUUUUGUUUGGUUCCUUUUUUUUCUUUUUUUCCUUUAUAUUUGUUUUGUUGGUUUCUUUUUUCUUAUUGUUCUUUACUUUUCUUUUUUUUUGUUUCUUUGUUUAUUUUUUUUUAUUUUUUUCUUUUCUUGUUUGUUUGGUUUCGUUUUUUUGUUUUAUGGUUUUCUUUUUUUACUCUUGUCUUUGCUCUUUGUUUUUGCAUUUAUUUUUUGUUCUUUUUAAUUUUUUUCUUUCUUUCCGCCUUUCUUCUUUCUCGUUUGUAUUUUUAUCUGUUUUUCUUUUUGUUUUGCAUUUUUUCUUUUUUGUUCUGA